AUGGGUUCACAUUCAAAGCUCAAAGUAGGAGGAGAUGGUGAAGACAAGAUUAGUCAAUUACCAGAUGGAGUUCUGUUUCACGUGCUCUCCUUCUUGCCAACCAAACAUGCUGUGAGGACCAGCAUUCUCUCUACAAGGUGGAAGAACAUAUGGGCUUCUGUUCACUGUCUAGACUUGGAACACUACUACUGUGAUGAACGUAGGUCUCGUCAUGCUGACAUUCAAAGAUUUCGUCUCCAUUAUCACUGCUUUUCUGAGGAUUUAUCUCGUAUUGAUGGUUGGAUCCGCACUGCUAUUCGCCGUAAUGUUGUUGAACUUGACCUUUGUGUUAGGUUACAGGGGGACAACGUAGAAAAGAUUGAGUUGCCUAAAACUAUCUUUCUGUGCAAAACACUGGUGGUAUUGAAAUUGAAUCUGAAAUCAAAUUGCUUUAUCUAUGCUCCUCCUGAGUCGGGGUGUUUCCCCAAUCUCAAGGUCCUCCAUAUCGGAGUCGAUUGUCCUGAUAAGGAGUUUAUGGAAAAACUUUUUACAUUCUUCCCUUUACUUGAAGACUUGACUAUAGAUGGAUAUUUGUCAAGUGCUAUAAGUGGUACGUUUAAGCUUUUUGUGCCUGAAUUAAAGAGGUUAAGCAUAGAAGUUGACUCUAAUAUGAGUUACGAGGACCCUUAUGAGUACUACUUCUCUAUCAAUGCCCCAAAGCUUGAAUUCCUCAACCUCAAAGUGUAUUUAUUGCCGAGUAUUAUAUUUGACAAUGCAACGUCCCCGGUGAAAGCUGUUGUGAAUUUCGAUCACCAUGAUUCAAUUGAACAUGAGCACUAUUGGGACAGUGCAACCACAAUACUGGCAGCAAUUUCCAAUGUUCAACAUCUAUCUCUUUCAGUACAUACUUUCGAUGCUUCUUGUAUACCUGAUUUUGAUAAUCUGAUCCAUUUGAAGCUGGUUCUUCAUGACUGCCAUCACUGGGAAGUGCUGGCAGAGCUACUCCAUAGAACACCUAAUCUAGAACGUCUUGUCUUGGAACAUAAUGAAGACAUGUACUGUAAGCCGGACCGUGAAGUAGACUCAGACAAGGAAAGAUAUUUAGCGGACAAAGCAAACUCAGAGGACAAAGAAAACUCUGAGAAUGAAGAAACUUCAGAGGAUGAAUUAAACUCGGAGCAUUUUUCAAAGGAUGUCGUGAAACAUAAUGAAGACAUGUACUGUAAGUCGGACCGCGAAGUAGACUCAGACAAGGAAAGAUAUUUAGCGGACAAAGCAAACUCAGAGGACAAAGAAAACUCUGAGAAUGAAGAAACUUCAGAGGAUGAAUUAUAUUCGGAGCAUUUUUCAAAGGAUGUCGUGAAACAUAAUGAAGACGUGUAUUGUAACUCAGACUGCGAAGUCUCAGACGAGGAAAGAUAUUUAGCGGACAAAGCAGACUCAGAGGACACAGAAAACUCUGAGAGUGAAGAAACUUCAGAGGAUGAAGAAUACUCGGAUCAUCCUUAUUCAGAGGAUGAGGAAAUACUCUGA